AUGUUGCACGGUACCAAGGGUGAAGCUUUGCAUGAUGUUCAGUGGCAUCCGACCCGUCCUAUCAUACUUUCUAUUGCUAAUGGUCUGGUAUCUAUCUGGACUCAGGCCCAUGUUGAAAAUUGGAGUGCCUUUGCACCUGAAUUCACAGAACUUGAAGAAAACGUUAAAUAUAUUGAAAAGGAGUCAGAAUUUGAUUUGGAGGAUGAAGAUGCGGAUGAACCGGUUCCACAAAUUCAUAAGGAGGAGGAUGACGAAAUUGUUGAUGUGGUAACUCUGAAGCGAAAUGCUGUAUACUGUAGUUCGGAUGAAGAUGAUGAUGGAAGCAUGUAUGUUACAGACUUAACAGGAAAGCGUGGUCCUCUGUGGUUCUUACCAAUUUCACCAGAAGUAGAUAAUCCAGAAGAGAAUCCAGCAUCGUUUUUUGCAGAAGCUGAAGAACUGAUGAACGCACAUGAGUCGGAAUCUUCUUCAGGUGUCCGGAAACGGCAAGUAAACACCUCUAACGCAUCUAGUGGUGCCCCAAUGCGUAGUAUGACAAAGCAGCGAAGAGUGAAAUAA